AUGUUGUGGAGCAUCGCUUCAGACAUGGAGCCGGCGCGAAAAGCAGCUUCCGUCAUGUUAGUCCUGAGGGAUGCCGCUAAAGAAAUGACCAGACAGAUCCCAGCUCAGGCCGUCGUUGACGGCGGCAUUGUUAACGGGGUUGCCGUGGACCCGUUGACUUACCUGAUGCAUGCCCUGCAGGAGCGAUUCGGCAAUCUCGGAGAAGAGAUCAGAGUUCAGGCCAUAACUGAAUUGAUGAGUUUCUCCCGAAAAGGUCACGAGCCGAUUGACUCCCUCCUUGUACGCUUUGACUCCAUCAGAGCACGUGCAGCAGAACAAGGAGGCGCAGUUGUAUCCGUACAAGGAGUGACUUGGAUCUUGUUGAGAGCCAUUGGAAUCACAGACCAACAACUGCUGCAAUUGCUGGCGCCUUUCAAUGGCUUGUUUCCUGCCACCGAAGCCGAGUUCAGUGAGCUAAAGACAUUGUUGCGCAGGAUGGGACACAUUCUCGAACGCACACCGGGCAAUAUUCGCGAAGGCCUCCGCAUGCCAGGUACACAUGCACAGACAGCCUUUCUCACGCAGGAGGAGCAAUGGUCCGGCUCCACACAGGAGCAUGCGCAGUGGCAAGAAUGGCCGCAACAGCAAGCAUUUGCUGCCAGUGCCAGUUCGUCUGCAUAUGCCACUGCCGAGGCAAACACAGGAACUGGUUUUGAAGAUGAAGACAUGGCUACAGAUUCAGAUACCAGUUCAGGCUCCGUCAGCUCAGUGAACAUUGCCGAUC